AUGUCUGUAUCACUACACACCGAUCUUGGCGAUCUGAAAAUAGAAGUAUUUUGCGAAGCUGUUCCAAAGACCGCUGAGAAUUUUCUUGCACUAUGUGCCAGUGGAUAUUACGAUAACAAUCUAUUUCAUAGAAAUAUAAAAAGCUUUAUAGUCCAGACGGGGGAUCCCACUGGAACAGGGAGAGGCGGAAACUCUAUUUGGGGAAGGAGAUUUCCCGAUGAGAUCAAGUCAUCCCUUAAGCACAACGUUAGGGGGAUAGUAUCCAUGGCUAAUAGCGGUCCCGAUACAAACGGGUCGCAGUUCUUUAUCACUUAUGCCAAGUUGCCUCAUUUAGAUACCAAAUAUACGGUGUUUGGAAAAGUGAUAGAUGGCGCCGAAACGACGUUGGACGCGAUCGAAAAAGUCCCUGUAGACGAAAAAAACCGCCCAAUACAAGAAAUACGAAUAAAAUCGGUGACAAUACAUGCAAAUCCAUUAGCUGAGAAAGAUGAUCAAUAG